GCAACCGUCAGGUUGCUGCGGUGUUAUUUCAGGGCUCUGCAAACACCUGGUGUCGCCAUGAUGCUGUGGUCAUUGCGUGGCCACCACCUGCUGCCUGGGAGCCGGCAGACCCUGCUGAGAUGGGUCAGGUACCAGUCAGCUGGCACCAUUGAGUACAAGCCUAUCAAGAAGCUGAUGGUUGCAAACAGAGGCGAGAUUUCGAUCCGCGUGAUGCGUGCCUGCACGGAGCUCGGCAUCCGCUCGGUGGCCGUGUACUCGGAGCAGGACACCAUGCACAUGCACCGACUGAAAGCCGACGAGUCGUACCUGAUCGGCAAGGGCCUGCCGCCGGUGGAGGCCUACCUCAACAUUCCCGAGAUCAUUCGCGUGGCCAAGCACAAUGACGUGGACGCCAUCCACCCGGGCUACGGGUUCCUCUCGGAGCGGGCCGACUUCGCGCAGGCGUGCGUCGAUGCCGGCAUCCGGUUCGUCGGCCCGGCGCCGGACGUGGUGCGGCGCAUGGGCGAUAAGGUGGCCGCCCGGCGCGCCGCCAUCGAGGCCGGUGUGAGAGUGGUGCCGGGCACGGACCAGCCGGUCACCUCCACCGAGGAGGCGGUGCGCUUCUGCCAGAAGCACGGCCUGCCCGUCAUCUUCAAGGCGGCGUACGGCGGCGGCGGCCGGGGCAUGCGCGUCGUCCGCAACAUGGAGGAUGUGGAGGAGAACUUCCAGCGCGCCACGUCCGAGGCCAAGGCGGCGUUCGGCAACGGCGCCAUGUUCAUCGAGCGCUUCAUCGAGAACCCGCGCCACAUCGAGGUGCAGGUGAUGGGCGACAAAGCCGGCAACGUGGUGCACCUGUACGAGCGCGACUGCUCCGUCCAGCGCCGUCACCAGAAGGUGGUGGAGAUCGCGCCGGCGCCCAACCUCGACCCGGAGGUGCGGGACCAGAUGACGGCCGACGCCGUCAAGCUGUGCCGCCACGUGGGCUAUGAGAACGCCGGCACCGUCGAGUUCCUGCUGGACAGCAAGGGUCAGUACUACUUCAUCGAGGUCAACGCCCGGCUGCAGGUGGAGCACACCGUCACCGAGGAGAUCACCGGCAUUGACCUGGUGCAGUCGCAGAUCCGCGUGGCCGAGGGCCUGACCCUGGAAGAGCUGGGCAUGACGCAGGAGAAGGUCCGGCCGGACGGCUGCGCCAUCCAGUGUCGGCUGACCACUGAGGACCCGGCGCGCGGCUUCCAGCCCGACACCGGCCGCAUCGAGGUGUUCCGCAGCGGCGAGGGCAUGGGUAUCCGGCUGGACGGAGCGUCGGCGUUCGCCGGCGCCAUCAUCUCGCCCUACUACGACAGCCUGCUGGUGAAGGUGAUCGCCUACGCCGGCGACGUGCAGGCGGCCGCCAACAAGAUGAACCGCGCCCUCCGCGAGUUCCGCAUCCGAGGCGUCAAGACAAACAUUCCUUUCCUGUUGAACGUGCUGGAGAACCAGAAGUUCCUGUCGGGCACCAUCGACACCAACUUCAUCGACGAGAAUCCGCAGCUGUUCCAGUUCCAGCCGUCGCGGAACCGGGCGCAGAAACUGCUCAACUACCUGGGCCAGGUCCUGGUGAACGGGCCGUCGACGCCGCUGGCGACGGGCCUGCAGCCGGCCGUGGUCACCGUCAAGCCGCCGGACGUCGACGAGUUAGCUGUCUCUGCCAACCACGCAAUCGUCACCGAGCCUCCAGCGGGCUGGAAGCAGGUGCUGGACAAGGAGGGCCCGGAGGGGUUCGCCCGGGCCGUACGGCAGCACCCAGGGCUGCUGCUGAUGGACACCACGUACCGGGACGCCCACCAGUCACUGCUGGCCACCCGGGUCCGGUCCCACGACCUGCUGAAGGUGUCGCCGUUCGUCAGCCGCCGGCUCUCAUCGCUCUACGCGCUGGAGAACUGGGGCGGCGCCACGUUCGACGUGGCCAUGCGCUUCCUGCACGAGUGUCCGUGGGAGCGGCUGGCCGACAUGCGCCGCCUGGUGCCCAACGUGCCCUUCCAGAUGCUGCUGCGCGGCGCCAACGGCGUCGGCUACACCAGCUACCCCGACAACGUAGUGCACGAGUUCUGCAAGCUGUCGGUGGAGGCCGGCAUGGACAUCUUCCGCGUGUUCGACUCGCUGAACUACCUGCCCAACCUGCUGCUGGGCGUGGAGGCGGUGGGCAAUGCCGGCGGCGUGGUGGAGGCGUCCAUCUGCUACUCGGGCGACAUCUCCGACCCCAGCCGCACCAAGUACACGCUGCCCUACUACAUGCAGCUGGCUGACGACCUGGUGCGCGCCGGCACGCACGUGCUCUGCAUCAAGGACAUGGCCGGCCUGCUGAAGCCGCAGGCGGCCACCAUGCUGAUCGGCGCGCUGCGUGACAAGUACCCGGAGCUGCCGAUCCACGUCCACACGCACGACACGGCCGGCGCCGGCGUGGCCUCCAUGCUGCGCUGCGCCGAGGCUGGCGCGGACGUGGUGGACGUGGCCGUCGACUCCAUGUCGGGCAUGACGUCACAGCCCAGCAUGGGCGCCGUGGUGGCCAGCGUGCAGCGCACCCCUCUGGACACAGGGAUCCCGCUGUCGACCGUGAGUGACUACUCGGCCUUCUGGGAGCAGACACGCACGCUGUACGCGCCGUUCGAGUGCACCACCACCAUGCGCUCGGGCAACGCCGACGUCUACCUGAACGAGAUCCCCGGCGGCCAGUACACCAACCUGCAGUUCCAGGCGUUCUCGCUCGGGCUCGGCGACAAGUUCGAGAAGGUCAAGCAAGCCUACCGCGAGGCCAACAUGCUGCUCGGGGAUGUCAUUAAGGUGACGCCCUCCUCCAAGACGGUCGGCGACCUGGCCCAGUUCAUGGUGCAGAACAACCUGAGCGGCCAGGACGUGCUGGACCGGGCCGAGGACCUCAGCUUCCCCAAAUCGGUCAUCGAGUUCAUGCAGGGCUACCUGGGCGAGCCUUACGGCGGCUUCCCGCAGCCGCUCAGGAACAAGGUUCUGAUGGGCCUGUCGCCCGUCGAGGGCCGGCCUGGCGCCAACAUGAAGCCGAUGGACUUCGACGCCGUGCGCGAGCAGCUGGAGGAGCGCUUCUCCGACCUCUCCAAGUUUGACAUCAUGUCGUACGCCAUGUACCCGGACGUGGCGACCGAGUUCUUCCAGUUCCGCGAGAAGUACGGCCCCGUCGACAAGCUGGACACGCGCAUCUUCCUCGUGGGGCCGCGCGUCGCCGAGGAGUUCGAGGUGACGAUCGAGCGCGGCAAGACGCUGCACAUCAAGACGCUGGCGAUGGCGGCCGACCUGACGCGCAGCGGCGAGCGCGAGGUGUUCUUCGAGCUGAACGGGCAGCUGCGUUCCGUGCUGAUCCGCGACACGGAGGCUGCCAAGGAGAUCGAGGUGCACCCGAAGGCAGACCCGGGCGACAAGCGGUCGGUUGGCUCGCCGAUGAACGGCACCAUACUGGACGUGCGUGUCAAGCCGGGCGACGCCGUCACCAAGGGCCAGCCGCUGGUGGUGCUGUCCGCCAUGAAGAUGGAGAUGGUGGUCCAGGCGCCGGCCAACGGCGUCGUCAAGACGGUCGAGGUCGACGGCGGCGUGAAGGUCACCGCUGACGACCUGCUCGUCACGCUGGAGUAGGGACGGCGGCGGCGAUCCGCGCCGUUCGGAUGCGGCUGAGGGCGACGUGAAGCACUGACCCAGCCGACGUCGUCGUCGUCGUGGUCUGUGUCCGGCGGUGUAUGUACAGCGACGGCUGCACCGCAGCGCCAACGAAGCUGUUGGGUCCAGCGCGGUGUCCGCAGAGGCGCCGCUGUACACCGGCCGCUCGGUCCUCGGUGUGAUUCAAUGUGAUGACUGUGUGCCAGCAACGGCAUCUUCCAGCAACGGUAGCCUAGCUGUGGCCGACUAGGGCCCGGUUCUAGCUGUGUCUAGCUGUGAUCGUGUUCCCUGAGGGGCCUGCCAUCGCGACGCGUUCCAUUGGCGUUUGGGAUCACUGCCGGCAAUAGGGAGAAGUGACGGAGUAUUUCCGACGAUGCCGAUGAGACCAACGAAGCAUGGGCCGGGGUGGCGAGGUCAAGCCCAGGGUGGACCUACUGGAGCUAGGCCCAGCGGCCGGGCGGUAGUCGGCGUCGCGUUUUCGAUCGGAUGGUGCAUGCUUACGGACAAAGCCAGUCGUGCGCGCUUGUUUUUUUGUACUCCUUCAUGCUUGGCAAUCAGUGCGCGUAUAAGGUCUUGCCAUAUUCGUUAAGUAUUGGUUGUGGGCUGUCGCAUUUUUCAAGACAAACGUGGGAUAUCAUUAUGUGAAUCUAAUAACUGGGCGGCGAGUGAUGUUCCCAUGCGUUUGCCCUUUGUGUUUUUAAUAACGGUUGGGUGGGUGUUCUUGCGCCAUCACUGGCCAGCCAGUGAUGGCGCCGAUCGUCGCAGCCCUCGGCUGUGCGGCAGGACGCGACCUGGUCGGCAGCAGCUGUGACGGCAGCUCCGCUGCCUUACCGGUCAGCCAGUGAUGGCGCCGACCGUCGCAGCCCCCGGCUGUGUGGCAGGACGCGACCCGGUCGGGGGCAGCUGUGACAGCAGCCCCGCCGCCUCUGGCCUGCGCGGGCCGUCUCGUCUCGUCUCGCCUCGCCUCGCCUCGUCGCGUCCUGCCGCACGCACGGCUGCGGCGAACCGCACAUCGCGGCGUCGGAACGUAGGCCAGUGGCCGCCCGCUUGGACUGCAGGUACUCCAGCCAGUCCUGCUGAGAGUGGACCCCGCUGCGCACUGUCCGCGAUCAUCCGGAGCGACGAUCAAGUCCCGAGGCGGGAAAGAAGACGUGCCCCGGUGCGAUUCUGUAUACCCUGCCUGCUCCCCCCCCCCCCCCUUCGUCCUUGUGUUCCGGCCGCCUCCGGGUCGGCGCAGUCCCCUGACGCGCGUAGUGCUCACACGGACACCCUGCCGGUCCGGCCCCGCCACCCUGUCUGCCCCGGCCUCGGCCGCCCCAGCCUGUCUGUCCCGGUCUUGGUCCCGAUCCCACCAGUCGGUCCAUUUCUGUCCGCUCCUGUCUGUUCUCCUACCUAUCUCCUCGAGUCCGUGGAGGCAGGAAGGCGGUGACUAAGAAUAGUGCAAUAUACCCACGAGCCGCAGGCGCUCUCUUCCACAGAAGACAUCUUCAUUGUACUGAGCGAGGUAGUAUGUAGUGUGUGUGAAAUGUGCUAGCUGUGUUUGCGUGGUUACUCCUCUCGUCGAAUAAAUUUGAGCAUACUG